CGCGUUGGGGCCCCAACUUAAAAAUUACUUAUAUACUAGAAAAUGUCUAAAACUUUGACACCGUACAUUACUGCCGUGCGUAAUACACUUAACGCUGCCAUUUGCUUGGAAAAUUUUCCUUCUCAAAGGGUAGAACGACAUAAUAAGCCAUUGGUUGAACUUCAGACUGACCCAGAGUUAUUAUGUGUGCCCGUUGUCAUUUGCCGUUCUGAUAAAGAAAGAGUUUUAAUUGAAGCUUCGGUUAACUCUUGUCGAAUAUCUUUAGCUAUUAAGCAGAUGGACGAGAUCGAAAAAAUCCUUUGUAAAAGGUUUAUGAGUUUUAUAACGCAAAGAGCGGAGGCCUUUGUUAUCAUGAGAAGAAAACCGAUUUUAGGUUAUGACUUAAGUUUCCUUGUGACAAACAUUCAUACAGAAGUGAUGUACAAACACAAGUUGGUGGACUUUAUCUGUACUUUUAUGGAGGACAUCGACAAAGAAAUCAGUGAAAUGAAACUUUCUCUUAACAGCCGCCUUCGUUUAUCCGCUGAGGAGUUUUUAAAAGCCUUUGGAUAAACGAAAUCUGCUUAAGGACUUAUAAAGCUCAAACUUUGAAUGUAGUGAGCCUUGCUA